AUGAAUAGAGAAUUAGCCUAUGCAAUCUCUUUUCUUUUCUUCUUACUAUCAUCUCUAUUCUAUUCUAACCUCAUUAUCUUUGAUCAACAAUCACUUUUCCGGUUUAAUUUCUCGUCAUAUAUUGUUCCCAAUAACACUAAAACAUUGCUACCAAUUGAAGUUUGUGAUUUUUCCAAAGGCCAAUGGGUUUGGGAUGAAGCUUAUAACUCUCAUCAAUUGUACGAUGAAAAAUGUCCGUUUCUUGAUCCUGGAUUCCGGUGCCGACAAAACGGUCGGAACGAUGAAGGUUAUCGGAAAUGGAGAUGGCAACCUGAUGAUUGUAAUCUUCCACGAUUCAAUGCCAGUGACCUCCUUGAAAGAAGCCGCAAUGGACGCAUUUUAUUUGCUGGUCGUCCACCACCCAAUUCAGCUAAAGACAUCAAAAUGACUAUCAGACUUGAUGAGUUGCAUUGGUAUUCCAAUAAGUGGAAAGAAGCAGAUGUUCUUGUUUUCAAUUCUGGUCACUGGUGGAACCCAGACAAAACUAUCAAGGCAGGCAUCUACUUCCAGGAAGGAGGGAAGCUAUUCGCCGGUUCAUUACAGGAAUGGCACAUGGAAUGA